AUGAGUUUGUUGGCAAUUUCUGCAAUGUCGCCUCCACACAAACCAAGAACCACCAAAACACUUCCUUUACAUUUACUUCUUCAACUAAACCAUCUUUUACAGAAAUCCAUUUUUAAUAGGAAAUUUUAUCAAGAGAUUAACGAUAAAGUAUUGAGCAAAACAUCGACAGUUGAUCAAAACUUGUACUUUAUAUGCUAUUUCUCAUUGCUAGUGUCAUCAAUCCUCAAUAACAAGUACCAAAUUCGGGAUUUUUUACGUAGUCAACAUUAUAAGUUACUACAAUUAGUCAAAGGUGGAGCCAACAAGUUGAAUAUAGACACAUCAAACAUCAAGGCUUUCAACAAAACUAAACCACAACCAACUCCAGAAUCACAACAACAGCCAUCCAACUUAGCUUAUCAUUUGAAAAAGAUUAAUCUGUACUUGGCGGACGUGAGAAUUUUCAACAGAUUAACUGAUUCAAUUAAAUACAUGCCAUGGCUAAUUGACGAAUACCAUUCAUGGCGUAACCCCAGUGCUGCUACCCCCAAAUUUGAUCGUUUCAUAAACAUGAUUCAAGCAUUAAACUGUAUUGUAUUAGAAUUGUUUGAAAAUGCCGGUUGGUUAACUGAGCAUGAUUGGGUGGGAACUGGUGAUAAUAAUUAUUGGUGUAUCGAAACGUAUAUUUGGUGUUGCCGUGUUUGGGGUGCUUAUUUGUUGAUUGAAAUUGCAGAAAUGUUGAGAAGAACUCCCAUUAGUAAAUGGAGUAAUAAGCAAUGGCAGAUUUCUUUAUUUAAGAAUGUUAUUCAAUUACCAUUGGUGUUGCACUGGUGUUUGAGAGAUGGCUGUUUAACUCCAUUUUGGGUGGGUCUCUGUGGCUCUGGUGCUUCUUGGUGGAAUUUUAAAGAAAUGUGGCUGUCGAUUGAUUUAUCAUAG